AAAACCCAAAAGCUUCACAAUCUCUCUCUCUCUCCCUCUCUUUUCCUCAACAUGACAUCAAGAACAUGCACAAGACUUUCGAAUCUCUUUAACGUUUUUCUCCUGCUUUCUCUCGUUUUCUCAGGGAAUAUAUUACAAAGAGUAACGUCUCUUGGCAUCAAUUACGGACAAGUUGGGAACGAUUUGCCUUCACCGGAUAAAGUUAUUAACCUCUUGAGAUCUCUAAGGAUCACCAAAACAAGAAUCUACGACACUAAUCCUCAAAUUCUUAGUUCUUUUGCAAAUUCAAACAUCGAGAUCAUCGUCACCAUUGAAAAUCAGGUUUUACCGUUGUUACAAGAUCCUCAACAAGCCCUCCAGUGGGUGGAUUCUCACAUCAAACCCUAUAUUCCGGCCACUAGGAUCACCGGAAUCAUGGUCGGAAACGAGCUUUUCACCGACGAAGACUCUAGUUUAAUCGGAUACAUGAUGCCGGCGAUGAUAAACAUCCACAAAGCUUUGGUUCAAUUAGGUUUAGACAGAUACAUUCAAGUCUCGUCUCCUUGCUCUCUUGCCGUUCUAGCCGAAUCUUAUCCUCCAUCGGCCGGAAGUUUCAAGCCGGCGGUUUCCUCCGUGAUGCAACAACUUCUAGAUUUCUUGGAAGCCACGAAAUCUCCUUUUUGGAUCAAUGCUUACCCUUACUUUGCCUACAAAGAUAGCCCAAACAAGAUCCCAAUCGAUUACGUUCUAUUCAACCGUAACAUAGGAAUGACCGAUCCCAACACAAGACUACAUUACGACAACAUGAUGUAUGCUCAAGUCGAUGCGGUUGCUUUCGCGGCUGCGAAAUUAGGGUACCGUAACAUAGAAGUUAGGGUUGCGGAAACAGGGUGGCCUUCAAAAGGAGACCCCGGAGAGAUUGGAGCGUCUCCUUUGAAUGCUGCCACGUAUAACCGGAAUCUUAUGAUGAGGCAAUUCGCCGGAGAAGGAACUCCGGCGAGGCGGAAUUCGAGGCUCGAUGUUUAUAUAUUUGCCUUGUUCAAUGAGGAUAUGAAACCGGGUCCUACUUCGGAGAAGAAUUACGGGAUAUUUCGACCAGAUGGAUCAUUGGCUUACAAUUUGGGAUUCUCUACGAUGUCGACCACGACUGCGAAUUCAGAAUCAGUCACUUAUUCAUCCUCUGCCACUAAGGCAGUGAAUAAGGCAACGAGCUUGGAGUAUUGGACAAUUUUGAUAUUGGCGAUGAUUCAAGUUGUAAUGUUGAGAUUAUUUUAGAGGGGAAUUUAUCGAGAAUAUAUAUAAUAACGCGAUUGGUUAGGAUAUUUAUGUAAACAAAUUAAUUAUUUGAAGUUCGACAAAUAUGAUUUCAUAUU